ACUUAUUUAUUCCAUAAACUAAGUUAGUCAGUUAUCAAAUUAAAUAAGUUUCACAAGUUUUCUUUCUAUCAAACAUUUAAUGUAUGUUAUGUUUCUUUCAAGUACGACAAAAGAAGACAAAGCAUAUGGGACGAGUUUGACAACAAUUGUGUAAUUAAUUGCUUUAUACAAGAAUUUGAAGAAACGACCAAGUCUUGACAUGUCAAAGAAACGCUUACAACCAACUCCUCAGACUCCUGACGAAAUAAUACCUUAUCAAACUAAUCUUCUUUGUAAUAAGAUUUCUGGUCUCUGUACGACUGACCAACGUGGUUUAUUCCCACCAAUAAAAGGGGAUUUCAUCUACAGAAAAUGCUCUGUGCGAAUGCAGAAUGAAUUACAAAAAGAUCUGUGCAGCUUGAGUUCAAAUUACACAGAUGCAGACAUCUUAAAUGUUCUCUCGGUUUUUACAGAGAGAAUUAAUCCUCAAAAUAGCUUUAUUAAAUCUGAAAGAAGAAAUACACUUGCCAACUGCUCUUUAUGGAGGACGAGAAUGGAAAAAGACAAAAAAAUAGAAGAUGUUCAUAUUUUGAAAUCUCAAGAAGACUGGAGUGACGAAGACAAUCGUUAUCCACCACAAAUGUCCCUAAGUCCUUCUCCUAGUACGGCUGUUUCUUCUUCUGGAUUGUUAUCGAAUGAGAUAAAACCCAAAACUCUCACUAGCCCUGAUGGCAUCAAAGUAAAAGAAUUUGAGCGCCGCAAAAGUCCACUCAAAACACCGCUGGUAGAUAUUGCCAAUCCAGUCGUGGUCGCUAACAAAACACAAAAUCAUUGCUCGAACAAUAGUAAAUUUAACAGUAACCUAUUGUCUGCAACAAAGACGAUGUCGCAUCUUUCGCAUGUCGGAAGGUUAAGGCAUGGACAAGAAAAGACGUCAAAAAGAUUGAGUGAAAAGUCAAGCACAUUUACUGGGAUUGAAGUGUCUUCACCCUCUUCAGUUUACACAAUAUUUAAAACCUCAGAAGACCAUCGCUCAUCUUUAAAUAUCAAAGUGCAAGAGAAAAAAUCUCAAUCAGAGAGAAAUUUAAAGGAAAAACGAAGGAUAUACAGAUCCCAGUCAAGCAACACAACAACAGCAAAACUUUUCCUAACAUCCCAGCAAAUGGAAAGAAGCAAAAAAGGGAAAACAAGCUUUUCAGAUUUCAGAAAAUCAACAAGUAUUUUUGGAAGAUUGGUCAUGAGAAACAGCUUAAGAAAAGGAAAAACGAACGAUUCUGAGGAAAAACAAAACGACAUGUUUGAGUUUGCACCGAUUGACAGUUCAAGGAAAAGUUAAGGAAUUUAACAAUGUCAGACCCGCAAGUGCAAUAAUAAUUAUUUUAAGGACAAUGAAUACUAUUAUCUGUAAAUAACUUAUAUGUUGUUCAUUUUGUUUUAGCAAAUUAAUGUUGUAGAACAUUCUCAA